GCAAGGCCACUAGCAGAAUCAGAGCCACUGUUCAUCCCACAUAACCUAGCACGAACCAUGCAUUUCUCAUUCCUCCGAGUAGUCGCAGUCGUUGCAGCUUUGACAAGAUUUAUGUCUGUCACCGCACAGUCCUGUGCGGCCGUAGCCCAGGCUUGUGGCAAGAGCAGCCCGCAAAACCUCUCAUGCUGCGGUGGCCUUACCUGUACGCCUUUGCACCUUGUACCAAUAGGAGUCCGGUACUCCUACCACGCUCUGCACGAAACAGUCCAGAUGAGCCUGGCAGACUGAGCAUGUCACAAUAGUGUGUCUUAUUUCUUUCGCGUUGGCACAGUGCUUGAUCGCACGAUAUACAGUUCGUC